GCUGAUAUUAAAAAAUGGCCCACAUCAGUGGCAGGGCUCGGCCUGCUACCCUUCGUGAAGCUCCGACUCCCGCGAGAUGGCAGCGGAUCACAUGAUGAUGGUGUCGGCAUUUACCAUCGGACAUUGUACAACUUCCCUGUCUCUCGCCUCUACUCCCUCGAUCAGGAUCCCGAUAGUCCAACAAUUUUCUCACUCACGCAUAAUUAUAUAUCAACAGGCCGAUGUCAAAGGCUUCCAGGCUCUUUGCAUUCACAUUUCUCGUCCGGUGCUGCAUCGCCUGGUCAUGGUCACGUCAAUCUCCGGAUCAAUUACGCAUCAUUCAGUCUGCUAAGCAUGAUACUCCCGCAUUUUCAUCUCAGAUAUAUGCUGAGCUAUCCCACGAAGAGACCGACCUGAUUUCCAAACACAUUGGCGCAUUCGAUGGAUAUAUGCGCAAAAAUGACUGUUUUCAAGACGCUGCAAAGCACGCACAAGGUCGUUGCGAGGAGUCUCACAUGAGCGAGGAUGAACGCAUACAAGUCGCUAUCAGGCUCACUCUAUGUGAACUUGCCACAGCCCGCCAUCAUACAUCACCUCUCGAGUGUUCUCCAUUUACUAACAAUGUCGGAUCACACAUCCCGCAUCAUGCGGUAGGUGACUGUGUCGACGCACUGUCCCGGAGCGCCCAGUUUUGGUCUAGCUACUCCGGGUACCUGCGAGAAAUCCCCCAGCUGUGUUUUGCGUUUCGUCGUUGGAUGGAAAUUGACACCGCAAAGGAUAUCUAUAGAAACAUAACGUUGGAGAAACUCACUCUAAUUCGCUUUAUCCUGGAACAGCAGAAGGGAUUCACAGCUGCGCGCCAGAACUGGGAGCGAUCAUCUACAGACCUGGGCGAUCUCAUCAGUGUGUUGAAGUCGACUAGCAGUCAUAUACGCGACGUCUCAGAUGUGACGUCCGCUUCCAUCAGUCAAAAUGCGGAAUCACUGUUCACAAAGAUGGAGACUACCUUGUCAGUUAUUAACCAGCGCAGCCUCGAUGAUCGUAUUCAUUCAUUAGACAAGGUUGACCGGAGGAUUGAUGAGAUGACAUCAAGUCAUUCAAAAGCCAUGUCGUCGUUGCUAUCGCUCGUCGAAUCGCGUUUGACCGCUGAAAUCGAAGAAAUCGCAUCAUUGAUGUUAGAGCAACGCCUUCAAUCUCGGGCAGUGGCGGACCAAGUUCAGCAUAAAUGGUCCGCGCUUGACGCGACUUUCUUUGCUAUGCGUGAUUCCUUCCACGACCUGCAGAGCGUGAUCGCAGGGCUUACAUUCUCCUUGGAGACCUCUCUUUCCCAAGUAGUGCAUGCACAAGAGAUUCAGCGAGAGGUCGCAGAGUCUGUUUCACAUCUUGACAACAGUAUCUCCCAACUCACGGAAGCCACUCACCGCGAACUUGAAGCAAUCAAUCAGACGGCCCUUGCCCUCAUUGACGACUUUCAACGCAAGUCAAAACACGAAGCAUGGCUAUUUAAUCUGCAGUGGCUUUUGCGUUUUGUCGAACCCACAUCAUUGCUCGGCCUCAAGACUUUUCAAGCCGCAACCAGUCUCCUGGUAUUCCUCUGGCGUCUUUUGGAAGUGGUACCGUCACUUCUCAUGACUAGCGUCGCAGUUUCCCGCAUCAGAAGUCAACUGUUACCCAAGUUCCAUGGUUCACAAAAGGUGCAGCCGAAAGAACGUUCAUGGCGUCUCGACUCUCACCUAGAAGAGAAUGUGUCGCCUGUCUCGAACGUCAGGCCUCUGCAAAGGAAUGACUAUUUGGACCCGCGGAUCAUUCGACGACUUGCUGGGCCUCGCGUGUCUCGUAUACCCGAUAGGAUCUGUCGUCAAACUACCCCUUAUUGAACGUCGUCGUCAUUGCAAUUCUGUCUUGUACUGUUUCUGAUCAUUAGUUCUUUGCGUCAAUUCAAAAGCACAAUGCACUCCAUGCAUCCCUAAACGUUCAGGCUGAGGAUAUUGCGCGAAACCAUUAAACUAGUCUUGUCUUGCUUGGAAGUAGUUUUAACGGGGCAUGCCAAUUGUGUGCGCGAGGCUCAAGGCGGCGAAGCUGCAGUAUACUACUGGCUUCUUGUAUGUGCAUGUAAAUGCUUAUUUAUUUAUUUAGUUAUUUAUUUAUUUACCAUGCCCCUCU